GCAAUCCGCACAUGCGCAAUACACGGAGCACGUUGAAAUAAAAUGUGAUUUUGAACCAGUGAAAUACUGACACACCGUAUGAAGUGAACAGUACCGAAAACAUGACUACAGUUCGGCACCUGUCGGGAUAUUUAUUUCUUUCGGCAUUAUUUAUUAUUGAUGCAUAUUGUGGAGUUAAUGAAGAUACAGCAUUCGAUGCAGGAAAUGGUGUUUCUAUGACUUUUGCAGAGGCUAAAGCACCAAGAUUUUUGCUGUAUAAUGUAAACUAUGGUGAAGGUUUUAACCUAAGAAGAGAUGUGUAUAUGAGAAUAGCUAAUCUAGUCAGAGUUUUAAAUGAAGAAGAACCGUGGAUAUUGGUAUUACCUCCCUGGGGCCGACUCUAUCACUGGCAAUCAAAAGAUAUAAAAAAUCAGAAUCGAAUACGUUGGUCUCUUUUCUUCGAUGUUUACAGUUUAAAGAAGUUUGCUCCUGUGGUAGAAUUUGAAGAGUUUUUAACAAUGAGUAAAGAACCUGUCAUAGAUGAAGUUUAUUAUUUACAAAACUAUAAAGAAGGUUGGACUGAAUGGGAAGAAAAGAUGGACUUUAGACCAUGUAAUGAGAAUAAUCAUUAUUAUUGGAAGAACUUCGAAACUGGAAAAUGGGAUUCCUGGUUCUUUGGAUAUGAAGAUCAAGUGACUGCAAGUAAAUUUCAGUGUGUGUCAUUCAUGGGCCAUGCAAGCUUUCUGAAACCAUUUUUACUGAAAAACACAACUGCAAGGUCAGUCAUGAUAGAAAGAGCAGAAACAGUUUUACAUGAUCAAUUUGGAAAUAGUGAAUAUUGGCAGGCAAGACGUAGUAUGGUCUUUUCUACCACAUUGAGGGAUAUUGGUAAUGAAUUCCGUGCCAAAUAUUUAGAUUCUACAGAUGAAAAGGAUAAUACUAUAUUUGAAGAAGAUUGGACAAAAAUGAAGAGAAAACAUGGAGAGGCUAAAGGUGGGCAAUAUAUUGGUGUUCAUCUACGAAGAAAAGAUUUUUUACGAACAUCCAGACAUUUACCAUCAUUAAAACAUGCAGCUAAACAAAUAGAAAAAUUGUUAAUAAAAUAUAAUUUAUCUAAAGUCUUUAUAGCAACUGAUGCACCUAGGGAUGAAUUUGAAGAAUUAAGUGAAUAUUUAUCUGAUUUUGAAGUAUUAGCAUUUAAUCCUACAUCAGAAGUUAGAGAAGAAUAUAAAGAAGGUGGCUUAGCUAUAAUAGAUCAGUGGAUAUGUGCUCAUGCUAGGUAUUUUAUAGGAACUGAAGAAUCUACCUUUUCUUUUCGUAUUCAAGAAGAACGUGAAAUCCUUGGCUUUGAUCCAGAAAUGACUUUCAAUAGACUAUGUGAUGAUAAAGAAAAAUUUGAUUGUGAAAAAUCAUCAAAAUGGACAAUUACAUACUGAAAUUCAAAGAAUACAUUUAAUUGUUAAGGUGACAAAUACCUUAAGGGUUUAGUUUCAACGAAGGGCGAAGGUGAUUGUUUUAAUUUAUGUUUAGUAAUUUUUUUUUUUUCUAAUCUUGAGUUACUAUCAAAAUGGGGUUCUUUCGUCACAUCCAAAAAUCAAAUCCUUUUAAGAUCAAAUUAUUCAUUUUGUAAAUCACUGGUAGCUAAUUGUUAAAUUCCUUAUAAAUUUUAAUCAAUACAUAUUUAAAUUCUGCAGCAAUGUCUUCAGGUAAAUAUAUUUUGUGGAUAAUAAUUAUAUCAAUAAGUACUAAAUUUAUAACAUAAUUGUCCCCCCACCUUUCCAAGAAAGCAGAGGACUAUUAAAAUGGAUCUGUGCGUCACAUUUUUGGGAUACAAUAACUGCUUCUAAUUGAGCUAGAAUGUUGGAACUUGAUCACUUUGAAAAAUCUUGUGUACAUUCUUCUAGAGGGUAAAGCUAAUAUCCGAUUGACUUCAAAUUGAUUUUCAUUGAUUUCCAAUAAUUACUGUAAGAGUUAUGUCCCUUGAUCACUAUUAAAAAUCUUGUGGACAUUUUAGAGGCUAAAGUAAAUAUCCGAUUGACUUUAAAUUUAUACACUGUAUUUUCUAUGAUUUCCGAUAACUUGAACACAAUAACUCUGCUUCCAAUUGAGUUAGAAUGGUAGAACUUGGUGUAGAUGUUCUUGUCUGAGUUCGGUAAUAACACUGCCUCUAAAUGAGGUUGACUGUUCCAAGUUCGAUGAUGAGCAUUUUAUUGCAAGAUGUUUUUUUAAAAGAUAAAUGUGCAAAUAAACAAGGAGUGUCAUCUAUUUAUUUUAGGAUUGAGUUGGAGGACAUUAGCCUCACUGUUGGCUUGUUUAAUAUAUUGUUUUCUCUUCUUUGCAUUUAAUUUUUUAAAAAUCUAUUGAUUUGCCACUUUACCUGUCGGUUUUUGGAUUAAUAACGUUCAAUAAUGAUAUUUUUUUUAUUAUGAUGAUUUAAAGGUAUAUUGGCCUUUAUUCUGUAGACGUUAAAGAUUAAUCCUGUAUAUAGUAUGAAUUUAGUGGGGUUUUUUAAAUUAAUAUGUUAAAGAUUACAAAGUUUCGAAAUUCUGGUAUAAGCCUAUGUUAGUGAAAUAUCUGGUUUUUUAUUAUCUUGUUGAACAAAAAGUGGACAGCACAAAUUAAAAAGAAAUCCUAAAUAUAGCAGCCAGUUCUGUGUUACAACUGCCAAGGAAAGAUUGAGAUAGAAUUUGAAAUAGAAACAUGUGAACAUGACCGCAUAAAACACAAGUAUAUUAAAAAUCAGACUGCAGUUAGCAAUCGUAGCCUGAUAUGCGGAAUAAAAGAUUUAAAUGUUACUGUAUAUAACAAUGCAGCUUGAGCUACUAGUCACAAAAAUGAACAUUUUAUGCAGAGAAAUGUUCUGAUUUAUCUGAGGGGCAAUAUACCUUUAAUUAUCUGUGUGUUAUUGUUUUUAUUAUAAAAGUUAUAUUUUGCUUGGUUAUAUAUCAAAUUAUUUUCAGCAUAAUAAAUGGCUCUUUACACUAUUUUAUAAAUAAAUUGUUUAUUAUACAUUAAUGAACUGUUUUGUGAUAAGAAAUGUGAGCACUAUACAUUAUCAGGCCUGUUAUAUGUGCAAACUCAUGGGUUGGAAUCGGGGUUUGUGAGUAACUAGCAGUAGGGGUCGCCUGCAUAACUAUGUGACUUUUCUUCGGGUACUGGUAUUCUGGUUGCAUCAGACUAAUGUAAACCCAUGCGCUCAAGCAUGUUAUUUGUUAGUCCUGAAAUGACCUGGUUAAUGUUGAAAAUAAAGGACAAUUCCAAAAUAAA